CUAUAUAAAGCCAAACAAACGCUGCCUUCAGAACCGAAACCCUAGCUUUUUACAGAGCCACCUGCUUUUUCUCCAGUACAUUCGUUCAUCUUUCAUUUCUAAUAAACCCUAGCUCCCAGCCGACGAGAGCACUCUGUCGCCGUUGAUUUACACUUGAGUUUUAGGUUCAUCAAAGCUGUGGAGGGAUGUCUGACGACGAACGAGAAGAGAAAGAGUUGGAUCUCACCUCUCCUGAAGUCGUCACCAAGUAUAAGAGCGCCGCCGAGAUCGUUAAUAAGGCGUUGCAGCUAGUUAUAAAGGAAUGCAAGCCCAAAGCUAAGAUUGUUGACAUUUGUGAAAUGGGUGAUGCAUUUAUUAGAGAGCAAACUGGCAACGUGUACAAGAAUGUUAAGCGGAAGAUUGAAAGGGGUGUUGCUUUUCCCACUUGCAUAUCUGUUAACAAUACUGUCUGCCAUGUCUCCCCGCUUGCCAGUGAUGAGACUGUGAUGGAAGAAGGUGAUAUAUUGAAAAUUGAUUUGGGGUGUCACAUUGAUGGUUUUAUUGCUGUGGUUGCGCAUACCCAUGUUCUUCAGAAUGGGCCUCUUACAGGGAGGAAAGCUGAUGUUAUUGCUGCAGCAAAUACUGCUGCUGAAGUUGCCUUGAGGCUUGUAAGGCCUGGGAAGAAGAACAAAGAUGUCACCGAAGCAAUUCAGAAAGUGGCUGCUGCUUAUGACUGCAAAAUUGUUGAAGGUGUUCUUAGCCACCAACUGAAGCAGUUCGUGAUUGAUGGAAACAAGGUCAUAUUGAGUGUUGCCGGUCCAGAAACAAGAGUUGAUGAUGCAGAAUUUGAGGAAAAUGAAGUUUAUGCAAUAGAUAUUGUCACAAGCACAGGUGACGGCAAGCCCAAGCUAUUAGAUGAGAAGCAAACAACUAUUUAUAAGAGAGCUGUUGACAGGAAUUAUCACUUAAAGAUGAAGACCUCUAGAUUUAUUUUUAGUGAAAUAAAUCAGAAAUUUCCCAUCAUGCCUUUCACUGCAAGGGCUUUGGAAGAGAAAAGGGCUCGUCUAGGAUUAGUUGAAUGUGUAAAUCAUGAACUCUUGCAGCCAUAUCCUGUCCUUCAUGAGAAGCCUGGUGACUUCGUUGCUCAUGUAAAAUUCACUGUAUUGCUAAUGCCAAAUGGAUCAGAUCGGAUCACAUCACACCCUCUGCAGGAGCUGCAGCCAACCAAGACAAUAGAUGAUCCAGAAAUCAAAGCUUGGUUAGCUUUGGGUACGAAGACAAAGAAGAAAGGUGGCGGGAAGAAAAAGAAAGCUAAGAAGGGUGAUAAACCUGACGAAGCAGCAGAAGCUGAGCCCAUGGAUGCAACCACAAAUGAUGCUGAUGAUGAAUCUUAAGAAAUGAUUCUCUAAUAUGUUUCUUCUCAGUUUCAAUUUUGCUACUUCAAUCCCCCUGUAUCUGGUUGGCUGAGUUAAAAUUUAAUUCAGAUUCUGACAUUAAUCCCAACAUUGUAACUCUCUUAUAUGGGCUUUUAUGAACUACGGAGUCUCUACAAGCUAAAAAUUAAUAACCUAUUGGAUGGUAUAUUGAAUGUUGG